AACCUGAAAUAGACCAUGGAAAGUUUAUUAUCCCUGCUCUGUUGUCAUUAUUCUCUGCUGAUUUUAUUGCAGCAAAAAUACCAGGUGUAUGGAAACUAUUCCCAGCUCCCCAAACACCCAGGGUUCAAAGUUCUUGCAUCAGCUUCCCAUUACUGGCCAUUGGAAGAUGUGGAUGGAAUUCGUGAGUUUCGGGAUGCGAAUGGAGAUAUUGUAGAAGGAAUGGUGAACAAAGGAAUUUACGUCACUGAAAAGAAAGGAGUUACCUUUCUCUUCUUUGGAAGCUACCAAAAUUCUUGCAUUAGUAACCCAGAAGUUUGUGGACCUGAAGGAGUAACAUUUUCCUUUUUCUGGAAGACUCAAGACCAACAGGCCAAGUUUCUCCCUGCCUCUGGUGGACGGGUAAUUUCCAGUGGUUUCAAAAUCUGUUCAAACGAAGGUGAAGGCUCAGUGGAAUUUUACACCCGUGGGAAUGCAAUGAUGAAGUGGAAAGCAAGCUUUAGCCCACCAGGUCCUUAUUGGACUCACAUUCUCUUUACCUGGAAAUCAAGAGAAGGGCUGAAAGUCUAUGUCAAUGGAACUCUGAACACAACUGACCCAGAUGGGAAAGUGUUCUAUGAUUAUGGAGACCCCAGUGCCAAUCUCCUGACAGGGACAGAGGGGGAGCAGAGCAAGCGCUACGUGAACGGGGCCUUCGAUGAAUUCAUCAUCUGGGAAAGGGCACUGACCCCCCGGGAGGUCGAGCAGUACUUCACAGCUGCUGUUGGGGUGCAAGUUUUGCUUUCUUCCACAAUUCCAUGGUCUCUGAUGACAACCACUACAAAACCUGUGCUCUCCACCAACGCCUAUCGACCCAUCAUCACCAACCUCACCCAGGAGAGAGAGAAUUUCCACUCCCCCGACUCCACGCUGGGGUACCUGGAGAACGUGUCCUUCAGCUUGCCCAACGAGUCCCUGUCACAAAACACUGCUCUGAGCCUCACAGAGGCAUUUUUAAAAGCUAUUGAAGACUUUAUGUUAUUGCCCAACCUGAUUGAUGGACCACAGACAGCUCACGUGUUUGGCAGUUUGAUCCAGACCGUGGACACCGUCAUGUCUCACGUGACGCGCAACCUGGACGAGGGCUCCUCUCCCUCCACUAUCGAGGGCACGUCCCCUGUGGCAGAUUACACUGUGCUCAAAAUGCAUCCUCAGACUCUGAAUUUGUCCCACUAUCGAUUUCCAUCUCGGGGGCAGAGUUAUAUUUCCAUUCCCAGUGAAGCUUUCCAUGAAAAAGCUUGGAUUACCAUUGUCGGCCUCCUUUACCAUGACAUGCAUUAUUUCUUUCACAAUAUCAACCCUAUGGAUACCAAGAUUGCUGAAGCUGCUGCCUACAAAGGUUAUAUGAUCUCAGCAACCAGUUAUCUCAUCUCUAUCAAAGUGGAACCUCUACCCAAGUUGUCCCACAAUCUGUCAGGAUCUCCUCUCAUCACCAUCCAGCUCACCCACAAAUUGACACCCAGACAAUACAGCCAAGCACUAAAUAAGAGUAACAGAGUUCAUCUUUACUGUGCAUUUCUGGACUAUAGCAAUGGAGUUGGUGUUUGGUCUAAUGAAGGUUGUGUGCGUGAGAGUGGGGACCUCAACUACUCGGUGUGUCUCUGUAACCACCUCACUAACUUCGCCAUUCUGAUGCAAGUGGUGCCUCUGAAGCUAGCAAGAGAACACCAGGUGGCCCUCUCCUCCAUCACUUACAUUGGCUGUGCUCUGUCCAUCUUCUGCCUGACGAUCACGCUGGUCACAUUUGCUAUAUUGUCGUCUGUCAGCACCAUCCGCAACCAGCGCUACCACAUCCACGCCAACCUGUCCUUUGCUGUCCUGGUGGCCCAGAUCCUGCUCCUCACCAGCUUCCAGUUCACCCCUGGCACUGUGCCUUGCAAGAUCUUGGCCAUUCUCCUUCAUUUUUUCUUCCUGAGUGCUUUUGCCUGGAUGCUGGUGGAAGGAUUUCAUCUCUACAGUAUGGUGAUCAAAGUAUUUGGGUCAGAAGAAAGCAAGCACUUGUACUAUUAUGGAGUUGGAUGGGGCUGCCCACUGGUGAUUUGUGUCAUUUCUGCAACAUCAUCCCUAGACAGCUAUGGAGAAAGUGGCAACUGCUGGCUUUCACUGGAGAAUGGAGCAAUCUGGGCUUUUGUGGUGCCUGCAAUGUGUGUCAUUCUGGUCAAUAUUGGCAUUCUCAUUGCUGUCACAAGAGUCAUCUCCAGAAUCAGUGCAGACAACUAUAAGGUCCAUGGAGAUGCUAAUGCCUUCAAACUGACAGCUAAAGCCGUCGCUGUUCUCUUACCAAUCUUGGGAAGCUCGUGGAUCUUUGGGAUUUUGGCUGUCAAUGCCCACACAUUAGUAUUUCAGUAUAUAUUUGCUGUGUUCAAUUCCCUACAAGGAUUUUUCAUGUUCCUGUUUCACUGCCUUCUGAACUCAGAGGUCAGAGCUGCCUUUAAGCACAAAACCAAGGUCUGGUCCCUCACCAGUAGUUCCACUCGCAACAUCAAUGUGAAACCCUUCAAUUCAGACAUUAUGACUGGGAACAGGCCAGGCACAACCCCCACCAAGCUGAACACCUGGGAUAAAAGCACCAACUCAGCCAACCGUGUUGAUUUAUCAGCAGUGUGACAGUGACAGCAGCUCCUCGGAGAAAAUCAAGCCAUACAUUCAGGACCUCUGACACCGUGUCCACCAGCUUUUUCUCACUGUUUGUAACAGUAGAAAACUGCCUUUUUUUUUUUUUUAUAAUCACUGCCUAAUAAAUUGGGAAUUGCCAUGUUGUUUUGUCGAGUAAAUAGCCCUCAUCUGCUUGCCUUCAGAACUGUAGCACAUUCUACCACUUGGCUCUGAGCAAUACCUGCAAAAAUAACCAGCACAAAUAUACACUGGAUGGUUUUGUCAGCAAUGAUGAAAACACUAGGUAUGCAAAAAAGGCUUAUUGCUCUCUGAAUCAUUCCAGCUCCCAGGACUGAGGAAAGGCAACGUACCUCUGGAAAGAUGGAUUUUUAUGCCCUGAAAUGAAAUGCUUCCCACUGGGAUGUUGUAAUGGGGCUAUUCCAGGCUCGCUGGGCUCUCUCUGUUUACAUUUAUUACCUUACAGAAUCCGGUUAUUGAAGUGAAGUUUAUUCAAAA